UCGGCGCUGACAACCAAAGCAAUCAAUGCGUUCAAAGGUUUGAAUAAGUCUCUUUUAUCAGCGAUUAAAGGAGAGCGAUCCUAAGCCGUAUAGCUUACACAAACUGCCCUUGUUUGACGGGCAAACAGGUUUUGUAAAGGGCCUUUAACUAAAGGUGGUUUCUAUAUACUGGGCCGGGCUUGUUGUCAGGUAGCGACCCCAUUUGGUUGAGCACGAGCACAUUUUUGUGUUUUGGUAAUUAUUGUGUUUUUACGGUCGGUUUGAUCGCUGGUGUGUACAAAUAUCAAGUUUUAGCCACGGAAGGAAUCUGAGGCUGUUGCCACGCGAUAAUUGCAGUGGGAUAUUGUAUCCACCAUGGCUGCCGAUGGGAAACCCCCGAAGCCCGAAGCCAGCGUGUUAACCCAGCUGAGUCUGUCUAACCUCGCCCGGCACGUGGAUGACGGAAUGUGGUUAGGGAUGUACCUUAAUAUCCCAACUGGAACCAUCGUCAAUUUCAAGAACGAUUACAACAGACUAGGGUGGACAGACGCCGAGUUGGCCGAGCACAUUUUGUUGUACUGGAAGUCCAUGCGUGUCGCAGCGAGGGACAAAGACAAGGUGGCGGAACUGGAGAGGGCAAUACGGGAUAUUGAGAAAAUCGAAAUUGCUGACACUCUAGGGGACAGAUUCAGAAAUAACCAGGAGCUCACCACGGACUGUUUUAAUUGAGGAAAUUGUUACACUUGAAUGGGCUGAUGUAUCCCGGAAACCACGGUCUCCAUCUAUUUAAUAGUUUACUUUUAGGUAUAUGCAGCAAUUGGAUUGUUUAUAGAUGCAGAAGAAAUAGCAUUGCAGACAAGCACAACAGUGAAACCGUGUGAAUUCUUAACCAUUUGUAGUAUACACUACAUUCUGUCUCUUGAUCGAUCCAGUAAAUGUGUAUGAUAGAGUAUUUUAAAGGAUACAGCCUAACUGUCUGACAAAGGCCAGCUGAGAAGCCAAAAUAUGUGUAUUUUGUGCCAAACUUCUCGCUGGACACAAUAGAAACGUGCACAGAAUUAUCCAGAGAAAUGUGUGUGAAAAUCAGUUUGUGGCCCGGAAAGUGGAUACCAGCCGCUGAUGUCUGCCGUAAAUGUGAUCUCCCUGUGUAUGUGACAUGGACUUGUAUUUAUUUAAAAAUGUAUUUUUUCUUUGAAAACUGAUUGAUUGACUCCUGCAGAUUUUGGGUACACCUAUAUCUACAGUUGUAAAUAUUGCGGAAGAACAUAUAGGGCACGGAAAUACAUGCUUCAAUUCAUUAGAAAUUAAACUGUAUAAUUAAAUUAUGUUUCACUACAAGGUAUUGUCAGUGGCACGUGAAACUGUUGAUACUGGAACUUUCAAAUAUAUUUUGUAACUUCUGUGUAUAACGCUCAACACAAAAUAAAAUCUAAAGAAUCAA